CUAGGGUUCAGGAGAUGAGAUGAGAGCUCUGUCCGGAUUGGCUGCGGUGGCGUUCCCCAUGGGUGUGCUGCUAUCGAGGACCAUGGCGUGGAUGUCCAGUGGAAGAACACAUCCAGAACUGGUCAGCCGCCUGAGAGAGGGUAUGGGAGCAAGGCAGAAAACAACCCAGGAUGGGGUGCCAACCCGUCACAGGGCACACUCACACAUGCACACCUACAGGCAGUUUGGUAACUCCAGUUAACCUCAGCAUUGUUUUGGACUUAUGGGGAGAAACCGGAGUUCCCAGAGGAAACCCCAUGACGGCACGGGGAGAACAUGCAAACUGCACACACACGGAGCCAUGAUAACGGGGUUAUCAAAUCAGACCGAGUUUUUGAGGCCAUGUUGGCCACUGACCGAGGGUUCUACACCAAAGAGCACUCCUACGAGGAUUCCCCACAGUCCAUAGGCUACCAGGCUACUAUCAGUGCCCCUCAUAUGCAUGCCCACGCCAUGGAAGUACUGAGUGACAAGCUAACUGAGGGGUCCUCGGCCUUGGAUGUGGGAUCAGGGAGCGGCUAUCUCACUGCCUGCUUUGCCAGGAUGGUCGGACCCACGGGAAAGGUGGUGGGUAUUGACCACAUACCGGAACUGGUGCAGGCUUCUCUGCAGAACCUCCGUGCCGAUGACCCUGAGCUGCUCGAUUCAGGACGUGUCAAACUGAUCAUGGGUGAUGGGAGGCUCGGGUUCCCAGAUGACGGCCCAUAUGAUGCCAUCCACGUCGGAGCUGCCGCACCUGCUGUCCCCAGAGCCCUCUUGGACCAGCUGAAGCCUGGCGGCAGGCUGGUGCUGCCUGUCGGCCCGGAGGGAGGGAGUCAGGUUCUAGAGCAGUAUGACCGCCAGAGCAAUGGUACGUUCUCCAGGAAAGCUCUCAUGGGUGUGAUCUACGUUCCCCUCACUGACAAGAACCACCAGUGGCCCAGAUGCUUUAAACGUGGAAAAGAUUGCAGAGUUUCCCCAGUCUUCUCCCAGCAAACAUAAGACAGGGUCAUCCCUGGAAGGGACGUCUCUAGGGACACAGGUCCAUAAAACCUUGCGUUGUCUUCAAUUUAGUUUCUAAUCAUUUGAAAUCACUUUUAAGCAAAUAUGUUUGAUUUAAUGUUUCCAGCUUCUAGUCUGGAAGUUUCAUUGCUGAUCAAUGCUAUGUUUGUUUCCUCCACCCCGGCACCCCCCACCCAGAGGUGAGCUCUGACUGCAGUGUCAUUGCCCCUGCAGGAGGUGGCGCCCUUGCUGCAGUUCUUGAGUCCCACAUAAUCCAAGGGGGGGGGGGGGUGUGCUUCACCACUGUCUUGACCUGCUGCCUAGCAACACAUGUGAGAGCGCCUGCCUGCCUACAAAGCUUUAUCAUCCGUAUUUUAACAGGCUGCAAUUAAUCAGCCCUUUGGCAUCAUUGAGGUUUUGGUAUGACACAUUUUACAUUAUACACAGAAUGAAAAAUGUUUGUAUUUUUGCAGAGAGAGAAUGAAGGCAUAGCUUUUGGACCUCAUGUAGAAAUGUAUUUUGUAUAUAAUCCAGCGAACAGUUCACAGUAUCACAGUAAAAUCGUAAAUUGACAAUAUCCACUGUCAUGGAUUUUUUUACCCAUUGUAUGAUGUCCAGUAUGGUGUAAAUAGUAUGAAACUUCCAUUUAAUGUUGAAAUGGAAUUAUCUACAGAAUAUUUUGAGAAGCUUGAAUGCCCCAGUUUUUCUAAAAAAUAAAUCUGAAUAUCACUAGAUCUUAUCCAGAGAACUUGACAUUGAAGUAGGACUAUCAUUGCAAGUUAAAAAUGUUUGAUACUCAAAAACAAAAUUAUCUUAACAUGCUGAACAUAACAGACCAAUGUCUAUAAUCAAAAAGUACUGGUAACUCACAGAAAAGAACUAAAUUUGCCAGAACAUUGAUGCUGCAUACCCUGAAAUGAUUUGUAAAUUAAACUGUGAUGUUAUUAAUAAUGUGAAUAAUAAAAUUAAAUAUUUGCUAAUCUUA